GUCACAAGAAACAUUUGAAAGCGAAAGUUUUUAACUUUGAUGUUUUGGUUUUCAAGCAAGUUUCAAGACAAAUAAUAAAUUUUCAAAUAUUUAUAGUCCUAAGUUCAUGUGCUAGCCUUUUUUGUCGCUAGACGUCCUCUGGUCCUGCCUUUUUAAUCCCCUCCGCAUCUUCACCUAUCUUCUGUGUCAACCAAAGAUAUCUUCCUUAUCCUACUAAGGGAAGCGAUUGGUGGUGAUCCUGGUGUUGUUUGUAGUCUUAAGAGCGCAAUGAAAUGAGCAACUUAUUGGAUCGUGGACAGUCUGGUGCAGGGGAGGGUGAUCUAGCCUUGGGUCCCGCUCUGCGAAAUCCAUCUGCCAUAAUCCCACCAACAGAAGGGACCAGACCCAAGGACGAUCUACCCACCACAGGAUCUUUUCAAACAGGCAGCAUGAGCACUGCCCCUGUGCCCAGCAGUCACGAUCCCCCAUUCACCCCGGAAUCCGCUGCUGUCAAUAUUUCUCCGGAAAAUGACGGCAAACUCACCAAGCCCCAGGAAGAAGACAGCGCGGGGGUUCAGCCUCCCGCUUCCAGUGCAGCCAGUGCGAUUCCCGCUGCCACUCCGCGUCCCGCGCAGCCACAGCUCGUAGCGGGGAAAUUCGAAGUCACCCGUGUUACGGCGGCUGUGACCAACAACGCAGCCACAACUACCGUGGCCAAAGCGGGUGAAACAGCGAAGAAGGCGCAUCCUGUGGCAGCGGAAGGAAUCAGUGUGGCGAUUGCAGCGUCUGCAAAUCCAGGGAUGGUCAACGUGUACACGACGGUGGCGACGGCUACUGUGCAGAUUACGAAAGAAUCGCAGGCGGCGGAAAAUGAUAGUAAGGGGGGUGAGGAGGAUUCUGAGGAUGAGGGGAAGGACGGGAAGGAGAAGGUGGUGGAGACCAGUCCCUGUGGGCGCUAUCAUAAGCGUCGUGAACGGGUUCUGCAACGUGAGGUUCCUGGUAUCGAUGCAGCCUUUCUGGCCAUGGAUACGGAUGAGGGAAAAGAAGUUGUGUGGAAUGAAGUGCAGUUCUCGGAGAAAAAGAAUUUCAAGGAUAAGGAGGAACAAAUUCAUCAGAUCUUCGAUAAUCUGAUCAACCUGCACCAUCCUAGCAUUCUCCGAUUCCAUCGUUGGUGGACGGAUAUCGAUGUGAAUUCUGAUAAACCAAGAGUUAUCUUCAUUACGGAGCACAUCUCCAGUGGCUCGCUGAACCACUUUAUCAAGACCAGCAAGCAUAGUACAGCCACUGCUUUCUCCUCGGUGUCCGCUACGACAUUAUCAGGAAGUGCUUCUACAGCGACAUCCCACAAUUCCUCGCAUAUGCCGGAAAAGUCGUGGAAGCGCUGGUGUCGCCAGAUCCUAACUGCGCUUAACUACCUCCACACGGCAAAGCCUCCCAUUGUUCACGGCAAUUUGAAUCUCGAUACGGUGUUCCUUCAGCAUAACGGACUGAUUAAGAUUGGAUGCGUGGCUCCGGAUGCGAUACACCAGCACGUUCGCACCUGUCGCGAGCACAUCAAUAUCCGUAACCUUCAUUUUGUUGCUCCGGAAUAUGCGUUCGAAACACUGUUGACUCCUGCUGCGGAUAUUUAUUCAUUCGGAGUAUUGGCUUUGGAGAUGUGGAUUUAUGGAAUUCAUCCGCUACUCGUUCGAGAAAAGGAGAAAGAGCGCGAGAAAGAGAAGGAAUUGGCUCUCGCGCAACAAGCAUCUGCAAAUCCCGGGGAAACAACUGCAGUCUCUCCUCCCGUUCAGCCCAGCACGGGGCCACCGGUUGCUUCCUUGUACCCCAUCACCCCCGAAAUGCUCAGUUUUACUCUGGAGACGUUGGAAGAUGGCCCGGUUAAAAAUAUGAUUCGCGAUUGUCUCCAGUCCAUACCGGAAAUGCGAACAUCGGCGCGGAAUCUGCUCUUCCAUCCGGCUUUCUUUGAAGUGCCUCCACUGAAGCAAAUUGCGGCGUUUUCCUUUGUGGAUUACUUUUCCGAUCAUUUGGAUAACUGGAACGAUCUGGCGGUUAGUUUGGGGAAGGAUACAACGGGCGACUCAGUGAUCGCGGAAAUACCACGAAGUAAACAGGUCUUUCGGGUGAAUCAACUGCAAAAUGGGGAUUUAGACAAAUACCUUGAGGAUAUUCGGCAGGGAGUUUACCCACUAACCGCAACUGGGAUACGCCGCUGGUGGUUCGGUAUGGAAUCACCCACAACAUCUCUCCUUACCACGCCAGCCCAGUCGACGCACGAUGAGGGUGAAUCCUACGGAGUCGGAGAUGAAUUUGACGAUGACUUGGCUAAUGAAGUGGAGACACGCCUGAUAAUGUCGUGCAUGUGCACGGUGCGAGCCAAAUACGAUUCACCACUGGCAUCGCUCGAACUCAUACUGCGUAUGGAAGAUAAGAUGAAUCGGCAUCUGGUCUGCGAUUUUGAUGAAGAGAUCGAAUCAGCGGAUAUCUUGGCGGAAGAGCUAAUGGAAUAUGGACUGAUUAAUGAACAAGAUCUGAACAAGAUGAGCGGUCUAAUCGAAAGUACUCUGCGGACUAAUCGCAGUCGCAAGAACGAGCAUAUCAUGGGCGGAUACAUCAACGGCGACAAAACCGUUCCGGUGAUGAACGGGGAUGAACUGGGGGAAUUUGGCAGUAUCAGCGGAUAUUCCCGUCCCGUUGGUUCACAGCUGACCAGUGGAGAGAACGCGUGGGACGUGGUAGUGCGAUCCCCGGUGACGACAUUCAACGCCCUGCCCUCCGCAACAGCGCCCCAGACGGCGGUGACCAAUGUGACGGUGUCGGUGAACGCUAAUGGACCGAGUCCGUCGGCAUUGACAGUGAACGUUGGUGUUGCCGCGCUGGUCGAUCACGGAGGGGCGUUGUUGCCGAACGGACACAGUGUGUAGUUGCUGGUCCAUUGCGUUACUGUGCUGACUGGCUGUCCCCGAUGUUGUGGUUGAUCUGAGCUGUUUCCCUUUUGGCUUUCGUUUAUGUUAGUUCCUGCGCUCCCUUUUUAUCUGUGAAACGGCAGCUUGUGGGUCCAUGGAUUGGCCGGGUUUGUUGUGAGAAUAUAAGUCGGGUUGGGCGUUAUUUUUGGCUUUAGUGGUUGACUAAAUGCGCUGAAGUGGUCGCUUGAGUGAACUGACUGUACUGCCUAGUUGCGGCCGAUGACCUUGAACAGUUUAGUAAAGUGAACCAAUUCAGUUGUGAAAUUUCAGUUGAAGCUCUGCAAAAGUUGUUACAUGGACUAUAGUGAGACUGUGAGAUACAGC